GUUAUUCGAUCUUUCGUGCAUUUGAAACAAAUAGAAUUGUGUAAAAUCAACUACAAAGCGAGCGCGGAGCGUGUAAAAUGCAUUUGUAUGAAAUCAGGCGGUAAAGCAAAUGCAUAGAUUAAGAAGAAUGUGCGUGUGCACCACGCACACAUUGUUAGAUUUUUCGGUCCCCAUUUCGCUGCUGCUCACAAACUGACGUCAACGUUGGCGUCGCUGCCUACGUCGCCGUCAUCGUCAUCAUACGCCUUGUCGUCAAUGAGAGCGAAGAGCAUAACAGUGUCUACCAAUUUGACGGCAUAUUGUGCAUAAAAGAGAGAGAGACAAUGGCUGCUCAACGGCUGAAGUGAAAAUUCCAAGCUCGAGAAAAAGAUAAAAAGAGAGAAAGAAGGAGAAGAGAGAGAGAGAGCGAGACAUAAUAAGGAAAGUGUGGAAAAUACAACAACAAGAAAAGCGCGCUUGGCCAGCGAAGAAAGAAAAGUGAACUGCAAGUGCAGCGGAGACUGGGCGUCGGACAGCCAGUGUUGUCAACCGUCAACUGUCAUCCCGUCCGACGUCGGCCUGCAACUGUAAACUGCAACAACACUUUAGUCAAAAAAGCCUCUACGCCGUGGUAAAACUGUAGUAAAGUGCAGUGUCAUCGUGUCAUCUGCAACAUGGAUGCCGAAACACAGGAAAUACGACAGGCUCGUCAACGUGCUUCCGUCAAAUGGCUGCUGUCGAAGGCGUUCAACAAUCGCGUGCCGGACAACCUGAAGGAGCCGUUCUAUCGCGAUCACGAGAACCAGGAGCGCCUCAAGCCGCAGAUCGUUGUCGAUUUGGGCAAUGCGACAAUUUAUUGUCAGACGCUGUCCAAUCUGUACUCCGAUCCCAACUACCAAAGCUUAAAUCACUGGUCAAUAUUACAGACGCUAGCGCGCAAGGGUGUCCCCGUUGCCGAGUCCUCGGAUAUGCCCAUUACCGAAACGGUAUUAAUUCAAACGAAUCCGUUGCGAAUUAACGCCCACAUGUCUGUGAUAGAAUCGCUGAUGGUUCUGUAUGCAAAGGAAAUAUCAUCGGGCGACCGCGUCACGUCAGCUAUUCGAAGAAUAUCUGGUAGCAACUAUCAGGUGCCUCCGGGCCAGAACUAUGAGCAUGGCCUACUCGCCUGGAUAUCGCACGCGUGCGCUUCCUUAAAGAAGCGCAUUGUCAAGGAGCUAGAGUCAAGUGUGCCGGAUGAAAUCGGUACGCGUCUGCAGACGCCGGAUAUACCGCCCGUGCGUGAUUUUCAGGAUCUGUGCGAUGGCAUCUGUUUGGCGCUGCUCAUCUCCUACUACUGUCCCAAGGUGGUGCCGUGGACAAGUGUGCGCAUCAAUUAUCUGCCGGCAGUGGAGGACUCCAUACACAAUAUACUGCUGGUGAGCAGUUUUUCACAAAAGCAUUUGCCAUACGGUGUCUUCCACAUGACGCCCGAGGACAUCACCUAUAUGCGAGGCUCAAUGAAACUGAAUCUGGUCUUGCUGCUGACGGAUUUGUUCAAUCUGUUCGAGAUACAUCCGGCGAAAUGUGUCUGCUAUCCGGGCAUGGAUGGGCAGGAAGUCAUCGCCAGGCGGCACCUGGGCGCCAAUGAGCACGGAAUCUGUCAUCGACGUGGGCUCACAAUGCCGCCCGUAACGCCCAUACCCGAUUUACGGAGCGAUCUUGACCAGCCGCCCAUUGGCUCCCCCUCAAAUCGGCCGCCGUUUCAAGUUCCGCCCACAAAUUCAUUUAGCGGCGGCUUAAAUCGCAGAACAACUCCGCCCACCGAAUAUCAAACGAUGCAAUCAAAUCAUUUUGAUGGCAAUCCAGGCGAAGCGUUCGUCGUGCACAAGUCGCGUGGCAUUACCACACUCUCAUCCAUGCACUCGCAACAGCAACAGCAGCAGCAGCAACAUCAGCAGCAACAACAGCAGCAGUAUCAGCAACAGUCACAACAACAGCAACAGGAGCCAUUGGUUCCAGCUCGUUUGCGUCAGGCUAAAGAAAAGAACAAUGUCGAAUCGAAGGCAGACGAGAGAGGCGAUUUUGUCGCUGCGGGUCGACCGAGUAACUGGGAACAGAGCCGGCGUCCAAGUUUUGCAGGUCGUCGCUCGCGACGCAACUCCUCCAGCGAAGAUUCACAGUUGACGAUUGAGAACUUUGGCGGCUCGCAGGAUCAACUAAAUACGCUGGGCACGCGCUACGAACGCGAACGGGACAGGGAACGCAAACUGUCCAACACAAGUGUGGAGCCUGCUGUGGCAGUGCGCUCCUCUGUGGCAGAUGCUCGUGGCACGCUGCAGUUGGGCUACGAUACGGAUUCGGGUUCCGAGAAACAGGAUCGCGAAACGGAAAAGUAUUCAAUGCGUCGACAGGCAAGCAGUGCGGAUAAUGUGCCCACGGUUUCGGCACAUAAUCUAUCGAAUGCGGGCAGUCCGUUGCCGGCGCGUAACAAGCAACAUUCCAUCGAUAGGGAUUACAGCCAUGCACACGAGCACUUCAAUGACGCCAGAUCCACUGGUUACGAUCCGGAGAGUACGCCCGUGCGUAAAUCAUCGACCAGCAGCAUGCCAGCGAGCCCGGCCGCUUGGCAACUCGAGAUCUGUGACGAUGAUUUGCGCUCCAUCGAAAAUGCCACCAAGUUGUCGACGAUGCGCAUGAAACUGGAGGAGCGACGACGUCGCAUUGAGCAGGAUAAGCGCAAAAUUGAAAUGGCUGUGCAGCGGCAUCAGGAGAAGGUCUGCCAGGAGGACUUGGAAUCGUGCCCGGACGUCUUGAAGUGGGAGACGAUGAGCAAUGAAUCGAAGCGCACGCCCGAAAUCGAUCCAGCUGACAUGGAUAAAUACCAACAAAGCAUCGCCAUUAUGAACAUGAAUCUGCAGGAUAUCCAGCAGGAUAUCCACCGCCUGGCCACCCAGCAAAGUCAAAUGCAGGCGCAGCACUUGCAAGCCCAGCAACUAAUGCAGGCUCAGCAAAUCGCCAACAUGCUGAAUCAGCAGCAAACAUAUGGCUCGCAACAGCAUCUGGCUGAUCAUCACUAUCAGCAGCGACCCAUGCAGCAAAGCUUUGGCUCAUCACCGCAUCUUCCGCAGGCCUUCAAUGCGCCAGUCAGCGCCUACAAUUCCCGUCCGCCCAGUCGUGAUCCCUACCAGCAACAGCAGCAGCAGCAACAACAGCAUCAUCAUCCACAACCCAUGCAAAUGCCGCCGAUGCAGUAUGUCAACGAGCAUGGCCAGUAUAUGUCGCCGCCCGCUCAUUACAUGCAGCCUCAGAGCCUCUACAGCGACAAUGGAGCGCCCUACAAUCACUCCCCAUAUGGAGCUGCUCCGCCCCAGCCGCAGUAUCAACAGCAUCCGCAAAGGAAUAGUGUCUAUGAUGAGUACGGUCAGCCGGCGAAUCACUUUUACCUGCAUGAAUCGCCGCAACAGCCACCGCCGCAGCAUUCGCAUCCGCAGCGACGCACCUGGGCGCAUUCGGCGGCAGCUGCAGCCUACGAGCAGCAGCAGCAGCAGCAACAACAGCCACUCUUGGAUGUGAAUGCCUGGCAAACACAAAAGAAGAUGCAUCAACAGCAGCAGCAACAGCAGCCAAAUUGGCCAAAUCGACCGCCCUCCAGCGCUGGCGCCUCUCAGGGCUUUGUGCUCCAUCAAAAUGGUGGUGGAGGUGGUGGCGGCGGUGGUGGCGAGUUGCAGCAUCUAUUCCAAAUGCAAUCGUCGCCGCAACACGUGCAACGCAUGCAGUCCGUCAGCGGCAACUCCAACGGUGUUCAGCGUCAGCAAUCCCUAACGAAUCUGCGCGACAAUCGCUCGCCCAAGGGUGCGAAUAUGGGGCAAAUGGGGCAGCAACAGCAGCAGCAGGCAAUGGCAAUGGCGAUGGGGCAGCAUGAGGAUAUGAUGGCGCCACAGAGCAUAUGCUUCAUUGGCGACGAGGAGGAUGUGGACGAGCUGGAGCGCAACAUUAUCGAAUCGAUGCAGUCGACACGCAUCUCCGAUUUUGUGGUGCAGCAGCAGCAACGAUUGCAUCAACAGCAGCAGCAGCAACAGAUGCCAGCGGCGCACAGCGGACGUGGCAGCAGCUCCGAGGAUUACGAUAGUGGCGAGCUGAUUUCCAAUAAACUAAAUAUAACCAGCGGGAAUCUCACUUACCGCAUACCGUCGCCGUCGCGCCCCUCCAUUCAGGCCAACAGUUUUCAGGAUCCGCGUGGCGGCGGUGGUGGUGGUUCUGGUGGCAGCGGUGAGGAGCAGCAGGCCGAGAAGGGCUUCUACAUAUCCUUCGACAACGAUCAACCGAAGCGACCGAAACCGCCGCUGCGCGCCAAGAAAUCGCCCAAAAAGGAACCAGGCCGCGAUCUUGUCGACAACCAAGUUGUCUUCAAGCGUGAGUCGCUAAGUCAACUGCACAACAUCAACAACAACAACGCCUUCGCCGCCGGCGUUACGCCCGGUAAUGCCACCUACAACAAAUACACUGACGAGCCGCCAAUCCAGCUGCGCCAAAUGGCCGUAUCAGCGGCCGAGCCAGCAGGCAUGGCAUCCGAGCGUCGGCAUCUUGAGGACCUCACCAAUCAGCCACAGCAACAACAACAAUUGCAGCAGCAGCCGCUCUCCCCCUCCAGACUCAGGGCCGAGCACAGCAGCAGCAGCGCCGAGGCAGCCAAGAACAAAGCGCUGGUCAUCGGCGUCGAUACGGCCAAUCUGGAUCCGGAUUCUGUGGACGAAAUGGAGCGACGCAAGGAGAAGAUAAUGUUGCUGUCGUUGCAGCGCCGGCAGCAGCAGGAGGAGGCGAAAGCGCGCAAGGAGAUCGAGGGCUCGCAGAAGCGAGAAAAGGAGCGCGAAAAGGAGGAGGAACGUGCGCGCAAAAAGGAGGAGCAGGUGGCACGACGUGCGGCCAUAUUGGAACAACAUAGACUAAAGAAAGCCAUCGAAGAGGCCGAGCGAGAAGGUAAAGUUCUGGAUCGGCCCGAUCUACAUGUGAAACUGCAGCCGCAGUCAUCGAACGCGUCCACGCCACGUCUAAGACAGCAGCGUGUGACGAGGCCACGCCCCAAAACUAUUCACGUCGACGAUGCCAGCGUGGAUAUCAGUGAGGCUUCAAGCCUCUCCAGUCGGGGCAAGAAAGGCUCAAGUUCAAAUCUAACCGGCUACGGUCAACUAAGCUCAAACUCAAUGAAAAGAGAUUUUUAUAGGGGCUCGCAAGACUCCCUCACUGUUAAAGAGUCACCCGACGACUAUCCCAGCACAAGUUCAACUCCGAUUGGACGACGGGGAUCUUACAAAACUUCCAGAGAGCCUGCUGUCGAAAGGGGCCGCACCCUGUCGCGUAUAUCAGUUGCUAAGGGGAGCACCCUUAAUUUCCGUGGCCGAAAGUCCAAUUCGCUAAUGAAUUUGUGCGACACAGAUUCGGGACUGGGACGAGCAACUCCACCACGGCGCGCACCGUCACCAGGAAUGACGGCGACAGGUAGGCAUAUGCCAUCACCCUCUGGACCAGGCUCUUUGCCGCCAGGUUUGUUAUCGAAGCGUCGCGGAUUUGAUGAUGGAUCAAGCGAUUUCUCUUUAACUGCGAAUGCAAUCAUGGAAUACUCGGGUCCAAAGCUAUAUAAGCAACCAGCGGCCAAAUCGAAUCGCGGCAUUAUAUUAAACGCCGUCGAGUAUUGCGUUUUUCCCGGCGCCGUCAACCGUGAGGCGAAACAGAAAGUGCUGGAAAAGAUUGCACGCUCGGAGGCCAAACACUUCCUCGUACUCUUCCGUGACGCGGGCUGCCAAUUCCGCGCCCUCUACAGCUAUAUGCCCGAGACGGAUCAAGUGACAAAGCUGUACGGCACGGGACCUAGUCAAGUCGACGAAGUCAUGUUCGAUAAGUUCUUCAAAUACAACUCAGGUGGCAAAUGCUUCUCACAGGUGCACACAAAGCAUCUGACCGUCACGAUAGACGCCUUCACAAUACACAAUUCGCUGUGGCAGGGCAAGCGGGUGCAGUUGCCCAGUAAAAAGGAUAUGGCACUUGUGAUUUAAGUCCAAGAGUAUCGAGCAACAACUGCGCAUAGCUGAAAACUGAAAAUCAGCGAUCUUCUAAAAGUCAACUGCGAAUUAAAAAGAGUUUUUUUAAACGGCACCGAGUGAUUGCUGUACUUGGGUUUUGGGCAGGGUACAGCAUAUUAUGGCUUAAUAACUAACUGCACACGUUUGAGCGACAGUAAACAAAUUGGAAUUUAAAAAAAAAAAAACAUAUAUAUAGAUAUAUAUAGUAUUGAUUAUAACAAUGCGAUUUGGAAUGUAUCCAACAUAAGAAGAAAGCUAGAAAAAAGAAGAAAACAACAAAAAAUAAACGAAAACAAACUCAAUAGAUAACUCCCGACACAAAAGCCAAAAUAAUAUCCAGCGGAUAACUUAAUCAUUUUUGUCACACUCCCACAAUACACACACGAAAUUCAAAGAAACGGAACAACACAGAUAUUGUAGAAAAUCUUUAUUUUAUUAAUUUGUUUUAAAUUGUUAUGAAGUUUUUUAUGCGAAAUCUUGGCUACCCUUUGGCAGAUGCGGAUAUUGUGAGAGGGCCGCUGUCAGGGGCCAAGGGCCCACAACUAAUUUCGCCAGUCGACACUAAUUUUAACGCCACUAGCUAUUUAUUUGUAAGACUAAUUAAUAUUUACUUUUUAUGCGAGUUUAAAAAGAAAUAAUACAACUAAUAUUUAAACAGAGAUACAUACAUAUAUACCUAUGCAACAAACUGAAAAAAAGACUUUUAACUGGCUGACAUUUUAAGCUGUCUUUGUUGUACAAAUUCUAUGGAAACACAAAAUUGUGUGUGUUUUUUUUAAUAUAUUUUAUUUUACUUAUUUAACAAUAUUAAAUACAGUCAGAUGCUCCAAUGAAAAAUGCAAUCGGACUCUAAAAGUUGUAUUACACUGAUCAAAAACACACUAAAUAUUUUCAAAACACUUCA